AUGGCGCCUCUGCUGCUCCUCCUGACUUCUCACCUCAUGAGGAGUCAAGCUGAUAACAAGCAGGUGUCCUUUUCUCUGAGGGUCCCGUGGCAUCUCCACAUUGCCCAGCUGCCCUUGGGGCUUUCUGAUGGCCCACUCCUCAAGGAACCUCCCCGAGGAGACUGUGGUUCCACAGCCCUGUGGUUUCACUCUGUGCCUGCACAAAGGAUUCCCAUGAUAAUGGCAGGACAGUUUGUCGAUUCUUGCCUGCCGGGAGGACACUUGGUUGGCUUUCUGGUGCUUGUUCCCCAGGCACCCGUCUUGAAAAGGUGUUUCUCUGAUAUCUCUGUGUUUACGUCUCAGGUCACUCUGCUGAUUGCCUUCAUCUGUGUGCGGAGCUCUCUGUGGACUGACUACAGUGCCUACAGCUUCUUUGAAGUGGUCACCAUUUGUGACUUGAUAAUGAUCCUCAUCUUUUACCUGGUCCACCUGUUCCGCUUCUACCGCGUACUCACCUGCAUCAGCUGGCCCCUGUCGGAACUUCUGCACUAUUUAAUCGGUACCUUGCUCCUCCUCAUCGCCUCCAUCGUAGCAGCCUCCAAGAGUUACAACCAGAGUGGACUGGUAGCUGGCGCGGUCUUCGGAUUCUUGGCCACCUUCCUCUGCUUGGCAAGUGUGUGGCUGUCCUACAAGAUCUCCUGUGUGACCCAGUCGACAGAUGCAGCUGUCUGAUUCGGCCACAGCCCCGGCCUCCUCCAGAGGAUCCACAGGACAGGAGGCCCUGCGGACAGGCAGCCCAGUGGCUCCGCACGCUCUGAACUGUGCUCCUGCGCCACAGUCCCGCAAAGGCUGUGGGCUCCGGAAGGACUGCACCUUCCUCCUGCUUUUGCGAGGCGCCCAUUCCCUGAGCUCCUGAGCUGGGAAGAGCCUCUUUCUCCAGGCUUCCUCGGAGGACGGUCCCCCUCUUCUGGGAGAGGAAAGCAGCCUCACAGCACUCUGCCUUUCAGUCUGCUUUUAGCACCACCUCAGAUACGGACAACCCCACUGAACACGCUGGAGGGGCUUCCGAAUCCGCUGCAUAAAUCUGCUUCUCUUUCAUGUUCUGCAGGGGAGCGGAGCUGCCUCAAGUCCCCUAGAAACCAAGCCAGCUGCUGGGUUAGCUCGCAGUCUGGUCUGGGAGAGACCCUCUUCCUUAAGGUGGGUUGUGCCUGCAGGAACAUGCAGCCAGCCAGCCGCCUUCUGUCCCUGUCUCUGCCUAUGUUACCAUUGUGUGUGUGUGUGUGUGUGUGUGUUGUGUGUUUUUAAAUAAAAUA